AUGACAGCUCAUGAGCUUAUGGCUAUCGACACGAGCCUUAAUGACGGGGCGGUGACUAUUGAUGCAGAAAGCAUCGCUUAUGACAAUGAGGAAGACACUGUCCAUGCAAAAGGAGACGUCGUCAUCACCUUCUCGAAAGGAUUCCUGAAGGCGGAUUCGGUGAGCAUGAACCGAAAAACAGAAGAUCUUCUUGCCGAAGGACAUGUCACAGUCGUGAGUGAGGAUGAUCUUCUGGAAGGUGAGAAGUUUACAUUCAAUAUAAAGUCAAAAACGGGCGUUGCUCAUAAAGGCAAUAUGUUUCUUGAAGAAAAUCAUUUUUAUAUCACAGGGUCGAAAAUCAUGAAGACAGGGGCGGCGACGUAUCAUAUCACGGACGCUUCUGCGACAACCUGUGAUGGUGAUGUCCCUGAUUGGCGGUUUAUGAGCCGUGAGUUGGAUGUGACGAUCGACGGGUACGGAACCAUGAAGCACGGCAGAUUCCUGCUGAGAGAUGUUCCCGUUUUCUAUAUCCCAUUUAUGCUGUUUCCGGUGAAGACCAGUCGGCAAUCCGGUCUCCUGUUUCCACAGAUCGGGUAUUCUCGAGAUAAAUUCGGUCUGGAUAUAGAAAUCCCUUUUUUCUGGGCAAUAUCGAACCAGGUCGACGCAACUUUUUAUGAGCGCUAUAUUGAAAAGAGGGGAUUUAAAGAAGGUGUGGAAUUUCGAUACCUUAUCUCAGAAGAUACAUUCGGAACGCUUUAUGGCGAUUUUAUGAAUGAUUCCGGGCCGGCUCUCGACACCGCUGAAGGAGCCAGCAGAAACUGGCAAUCACACCAGAAAAGAUGGUCACUUUAUCUGAAUCAUGAAACCACAGUCAGCCCUUCUGUUUUUUUCAGGGCCGAUAUCCGGAAAGUUUCCGACCAAUGGUAUUUCAAGGACUUUUCAUCGAACAGUUAUUAUAUGAAUAAUUAUUCACAAAAUGAGAUGCAGAGGUUUAAGAAGGUUUCUUUUAUCGGAGAUGAAACGCUUGAUUCGCUGGAGUCGACGGUACGCCUGGUUAAGAACUGGUCGCAAUUCAAUAUCACAGGACUUAUCAGCGAUACGACCAGUUUUACCGAUGCCUCCAAUGAUAUGACACUGCAGCGAUAUCCUGAAAUCACGUUAAAAGGUGCAAGAAGGCCUCUUUUCGGAACAUUGCUGAAUAUAGAGAUUGAUGCGGCUUAUGAUUAUUAUUACAGGGCAACAGGGCAGAGAGGGCAUCUUUACGAUAUUCAGCCGGUAUUCUCUCUACCGUGGAAUAUCGGGGAUUAUCUGCAGGUAAUUCCCCAAAUCGGUGCAAAGGCCACCUUUUGGGGCAGAGACGAUUCGUCUGUGGGGGAUGAAAAGCAUGACAAUCGCCAAUUGUAUACGAUUGGCAUUACCGCGACGACAGAGGCCUAUCGGAUAUUCGAUGUAGGAGCUGAACGCAUCGAAAAGAUACGGCAUGGCAUCAGGCCCGAGGUGACAUAUACAAGAUACCACUUUCUGACAACAUUUCCCUCAUUUGCUUGGUAUGUCUUCAUAAAAUCACCUGGUGCCCUUAAAAUGUAA